AUGUUGAAGAAUUUCCUUAAAGUUAAGGCAGCCCACAGAUGGACAACUUUCGUAUUUCAUGGCCCUAUUUCUAACAGCAGAUCUUACAGUAUUCCUAAAAAGAACAAAUUACCUCCAAGGCCCAAGUGGUUAAUUAUAGAAGAUGAAUUAGAGGAGAAUUUCUUAAAGGGAGGCAGGGGCCCUGGAGGACAAAAGAUCAAUAAAAGUAACAGUAAGGUCCAGAUAACUCAUAAGCCCUCUGGCAUAGUCGUCACCUGCCAAUACUCGAGAUCACAAGAACAGAAUAGAAAGAGAGCAAGGGAAAUUCUAGCGUUGAAGUUAGAGGAAAUUCAACAUCCAGAAACUUGUAGAACGGCUGUUAUUGCGGACAGGAAGAAAAAGCAGAAAGAAAGUAGAGCUAAGAAGUCGAAGCGGAAAUAUAGGCAAAUUGAUUCUGAAAGAGAAUUGCAAAAGAAAAACGACCAGGCACUCUUGGAUGAUCUCAUAGACAUUGAUUCCGAAUUAGAUCGAUUUGGAGCACCUUCGAAAUUUAAGGACUAA